CUACGAUCUUCACUUCAUCUAUCUUUCCCCCCUUUCCCUCCGAUUCUCGGACCUUCAAAGAAUCCCCCAAAAUCAAAUCUUCUAACUUCCGAUUCACACUUAUUUCAAAGCAAAAUCUUCUGCAAUUUCCACAAAAUUAUGGGGAAAGACGAGGACGAUAUGCGAGGAGAGAUAGAGGAGAGGCUCAUCAACGAAGAAUACAAAAUUUGGAAAAAGAACACACCGUUUUUGUACGAUUUGGUCAUCACGCACGCGCUCGAGUGGCCUUCGCUCACCGUGGAAUGGCUCCCGGACCGUGAUGAGCCCGCCGGAAAAGACUACUCCGUUCAGAAGUUGAUCCUUGGGACCCACACAUCCGAGAAUGAGCCUAAUUACCUCAUGCUAGCCCAGGUUCAGUUACCGCUUGAAGAUGCUGAGUACGAUGCUCGUCAUUAUGAUGAUGACCGCACUGAUUUUGGGGGGUUUGGUUGCGCCAAUGGAAAGGUGCAAAUAAUUCAGCAAAUAAAUCAUGAUGGAGAGGUAAACAGGGCUCGUUAUAUGCCUCAAAACCCUUUCAUUAUUGCCACAAAAACAGGGCAUUUAUUGAGUGGCUCUGAUGAUGCUCAAAUUUGCUUGUGGGACAUUAAUGGAACUCCCAAGAACAAAUCACUCGAUGCUAUGCAAAUAUUUAAGGUUCAUGAUGGAGUUGUAGAAGAUGUAGCAUGGCAUUUAAGGCAUGAAUAUUUAUUUGGUUCAUGUGGGGAUGAUCAAUACUUACACAUAUGGGAUUUGAGAUCUCAAUCUGUUAACAAACCUGUUCAAAGUGUAAUGGCUCAUCAAAGUGAGGUCAACUGCUUAGCAUUCAAUCCUUUUAAUGAAUGGGUUUUAGCAACCGGGUCAACCGAUAAAACUGUCAAACUGUUUGACUUACGAAAAAUUACCACUGCCCUUCAUACCUUUGAUUGUCACAAGGAGGAGGUGUUUCAAGUUGGAUGGAAUCCACAGAAUGAGACAAUUUUAGCUUCUUGUUGUCUUGGGAGGAGACUUAUGGUGUGGGAUCUUAGUAGGAUUGAUCAGGAACAAACACCAGAGGAUGCAGAAGAUGGGCCACCAGAGCUGCUGUUUAUCCAUGGUGGACAUACAAGUAAAGUAUCAGAUUUCUCAUGGAAUCCAUGUGAAGAUUGGAUUGUUGCAAGUGUUGCAGAAGACAAUAUUCUUCAAAUAUGGCAGAUGGCUGAAAACAUUUACCACGAUGAAGAUGAUAUGCCUGCUGAGGAAUCCCGAGGUGCUUGAUGUGAAAAAUCAAUCUCUCUCUAAAACCAUCAAACUUAACUGUAUGAUGAUAUGAACAAGUGUAGGAAUGUUUUUUUUCCUAAAUUCAAGACAUGUUUUAUUCUAUGGUUUUAUGCUUAUGUUUGUGUUAUAAAAGAUACACGGUUGGUUAGUUGUCAGAUUUGCAAUUUACACUUUUUGAAAUCAGGUGGAUUUGGUUAUUCUUGGAUACGAG